GGUGUGGGUGAAAAGUCUGAGUGGGAUCUACCUUCACCUUUAAGCUAGGAGGUUUGCUCGCAGAAUAAGGUGCUGUGUUAGUGCUGACUUCUUUAGGCAGGGCUUUUUGGUGAGUGAGGCAGAAUCAGUGAGAGCUUGAGCGCUGGCUUUGGAGAUUGGGAGCAGCUAUACGCAAGCGACAGUUGAGACAUGGAUUCUCUUCAACAGAAAGUAUUACAGUUGAUAAGGAGAUUCCGGAAAGGAUGGUGCCAGUUUCUGGAGCGUGAGAGAACUACUGUUUGUGGUGCUGAUAAUAUGCUUAUCGUUUUGCAGCUUGCUAUGGCCGAAAUAAAUAAAGAGUCCCAUGGAGAAUUCAGUGUAACCUUGAGUGAACUGCUUCUGUCUUGGAAGCAUUUACUUCGGGAGAAGCUGGAUUUGCUAAGUGAGCUUGAUGUGACUCCAGACGGGUACGAGAAUGUCCGAAAAACAUAUGAGGCUUUUCUGAGCAGAAGUAACUCUGUGGAUCUGAUUGAUGUCUACAAGAUCUGUGCCAACUUAAAACCUGAAAGUGAUCCUGCAGCAAUACUGUCGAAGGUGGAGCUGUUGAAUUUCCUGUUGGGUACUUCAAAACCAUCAGAGGAUUCAUUUUCUCCAGCUCCCACUUCUCUGGUCAAAGAGAGUAAUCAGACCAUUGCUAAGUUGGCACCAGCUUUGAGGAAGCUCCUUUGUGAUUAUUUGCACUUACUCGUGAACUCAAAGAGUGACCUUGCUCUGGCAUGUAUCUUCAAUAUUCCUGAGCGAGGGUUUGGAAAAACUGCCUUCACAGAUCUAAGACAUGCAGCGUGCAACAAGCAAACAUCACUGUACCUGGCUGCAACAUCCUUUGUUAGGUGUUUGGAACUUGGAGGGAAAGGCUAUGCUCCUUCAGACAAGGACCCACUGAUGCAGCAUGUCAAAGGGCUUCUAGAUUUGGUGCAUUUCAUAGAUAAAUUGCACGAAAUAAUUGGAGAAACCCCGGAUUCCAGUAUUGCAGCUGGUCAGAUCCUGUCCUGCAUCAAAAGACGACUGUUGAAGGGUAAAAGCAAUGAAAGCCAAUUCUGUCUGGCUGCUGAGGAGAUCUCAGAAGAUCUAACAAUGAGGAUUAAUAAUGUCGUCAACUGUCAGCAUGAGUCCACAGAUGAAAUGACGACUGACAUCAGUCCUGCACGGCCCAAGGUUUAUGCUAUCAACCAUGCUACGGCAUACGGUGGUCGGAGAACGGUGAAAGCUUUGAUAGCUCUGCUGGAUGAAGAAGCAGCUCACCCACCAAGUGAAGGCAAGGCUGAGCUGCUCUACGGCACUGAACAACAUGCGAACAUCAUUGGAAUUCCAUGCAUGCUGACCCUGUUUAGGUCUCCAACUCAAUCAAGUGGCUUAUCUCCAAAACCCUUGUGCCAUCGCAUUCAGAAAAAAAUCCAGGAAGAAAACCUUGCCAAGGUGAAGCAUACUUUGAUCAAGUCACAGUUCUCUUGUACAUAUAAAGAGGAUUCUACAGCAAACAUCAAACAUUCUAGUAAUCCCUGCCUUGGCCAGGCUUCAACUUGUAUCCAAUCUGAACCAAGACCAGUUCUCACGAUCUUCUGUGAUGAUGAAUCUACUGAAGGUGAAUCCUGUCAAACGUUAGCACUAUCCGCAGGGCAGUCGGCACCCCCAAGGAAACAAGAAUGUGAAGCAAUUCUCAGGAAAACCAGGAACGAGGAAAUGGGAAAUCAAAAAGGCAGCCGGAAGGUGUCAAAGCGGAAAUGGGUGGAAAUGGAUGGUGAUACGGGCUGUGAAAAUGAAUUACGUAGUUGUCCCCCUGUCACACUGGAGGGAAAAAUGGGGAAGACCACAAAGACCAUCCGAACUAAGGCCAAAAAUAAAUUAAUUCCUGGACAAUCAAAACUCACCAAUUUCUUUAGGAUUUAGGAUUUUAUUUCUGUUCUCCUUUCAAAACCAGAUGAGGUGUUUCAAAUGUCGAAAUCAUGAUCACGUGUAAUUAGUGUGAAUUUAUUUUCAAAAUAUAAUAUGCAGGCAACUCUUGUGAUUAUGAAUGCAGAAAAUCUAAAAUUUUAUUUCUUUUUAAAUACACUAACAAGUUCAAUAAUGAGCAAUUUCAGCUUAAAGCUUUCACUGUUUAAAGCAUGGAGAAUAAGUCACAUGAAGGACUAAGUACACAGUUUCAAUCACUUAUGAAUGCACAGUUACAACAGUCAGAUAAUAGAUGUUACAGUUUCACCAAGGAUCUUGAGGCUCUUAAACAGUUGGUCAGUUUUGCCAGCAGGGUCGGUAAACUCUUCCAAGCAUGCAGCGGAGAUCUGUUUGAUGUAGGAAGGAAAAUAGAAUGAGUUGAGAAUGAGAUCCUGGUGCAGCUUAUUGUGUACCUUUUGGACUACUUCUUUCUUUAGAUUUUACAAAUUAACUGCAAGGUUUUAACUCAUUUUAUAUACAUGUUGAUCAGAGUCAGCUGUGAUAGCUGCUGACUUGUGAAAUGUUCCCCAUCUGUCAUCUGAAGUAACCUGCAUGAAUCACUGUAUAAAUGAGUGGAGAGAGCUCUUGUGGUAGUUUUCUUACUGCUGAGUUAAGAGAUCUAGGCUCAAGUUGCCUCUGCUCCAGAGGUGUGUGAUAAUAUUUCUGAGUCAGAUAAGAUGUCAAUCACUGAGGUAAGACAUUGGCCAACCUCAAGGCUUGAACACCAGUACAGUUAGACUUCUCUGAAUAUUACUGUGUCUAAAGGGGAAAUGUUACAAGGCCACAAUAAUGGAUUUGUAUAUCCUUGAAUUUAAAUGAAGGAAUAAACUAACUAAUGUGGUUGAGAUAAUGGAUUUUAAGCUUGCUCCUGGGCCUAGUUAAAGUGGUCAACAAAUUUAGG